GUCCUGCCCCUCUUAUCAUCGCAACUGCAACAACCAUCAUCCCACCCUUUUUCUACGCUAUCCCGCAAUCUAACAGUUGCUCAACAUGGCUCGUAUCAAAUAUACUGGGCCACUAUCAACAGUUCAGUUACAACGAGCCCCAGUUCAAAACAAAACGCAAACCGAAUUUGAUGAGGUAUCCCGGUUGAAAUUGCAAGAAUGCCUUGCCGUAAGACAGCAGCAAAGCAUGGAGAUGGUACGGAUCAUGCUACAUGUAUCCUUCGGAACGUUGUUUUAUCUUCGGGAGUUCUUACCGCUCGGGAGCUUCGAUGAUCGUGACCUGAAACAAACACAACGAGAGCAGAAAUAUUCGUACGAGGAAUUCAUCAACGGAAGAACACGCACAGAAAGCCCCGAGGGGAGUCAGGACCUUGGUUUUGGUAAAGGAAAGAGAGGUCAGCCACUGAAGAUUAUCCUUCGCAAUUCAGAUCCCAAGGCCGAUAUGAUUCUCGAUCUAUUGGAACACGGAGUCUUUGAUGCGCUCGGCAAGAACUACCUCGAAGCCAUCCAAUUGACUGUUCUUGUCGACAAGGAUGAGCCACAAAACGUAUUAGAGACAUACACAUUCUCGUUCAAAUACACAGGGGCACGUGGUGAUGUGAAUAGCCGCUUGGAAAGCUUAUCCCUGGACCCCGUGGGUUGCAUCGCCGAUAUGAAGUCUGCACAGACAGCUCGGACUGGAUUGGAGAUGAUAGUCAGACGCCUUAUCACGUUGAGUGCUUUCCUCCCAACCCUGCCAAACAAGCGCAACCUAGGGAUUCACCUGUUCUAUACUGAAGACUGUCCGCCUGAGUACGAGCCCCCCGGAUUCGCCAAAUCGACGAAUGAUACGUUCAAGUAUCCCUUCAACGAGAACUGGCAGAGGGAAACUCAGUCCUGUGGUACAAUGAAUAGUCGAUGCCAUGCCGUUGGUCUUAACGUAACCUCACUAAAGUGGACUGGACCGGACUCCGAAGGCUCGGAGGCCCUUCCUAGAAUUCCUCUUCAAAUCGAGUAUAAUGAUAAGGUGCGGCGAGAAGCUGAUAUUGAGCUUGCGAACGAAGAAAUUUCCAGCCUCACGUUGAGUCGGAAUGAAAGCUCCCUGGAAGCGACUCAAGACAUUGCAGAAAGGCAGAAGUUGCAGAUGAUGAUUCCUACUCAGGUGUCAUCUUAUCCAGACAGCGAUCUCGUUCCCACACAACCAAUCUAUACAGUUUCUGCAACCGAUAUUGGAGGAGUAAAUACGGAUCACAAUAUGCGCCUUUCGCAGAAGAAGAUACUCCAAAUCGAAAAGUUCUCACGAAUGCAGAUUCCGGGGCUUGCGAAAGGAACAGAUAACUUGGCUAUUGGGUUGGUAAAGUGCCAAUGUGGCUGGGAUGGUGAAGAGCCUGGAAUGAUUACAUGUUCAUUCUGCCGCACACGUCAGCAUUUGCUUUGCUAUGGUUUUGAGAGCCCCAAUGAUUCUAGAAUUCUUGAUCCCCAUGCAUGCUAUCAGUGUCUCCUCGAACCAGACGAAACCCAGUUGCUGCGUGAAAUGCAUACCCUCGUUCUCCUGAGGCGAGCAUUGAAGAUCAUCCUGGAUGAGGGCUUUCCCAGCAAGACGUCUACAUUCACACAAAAGCUUCACUGCAAUGGACAGACGGUCGUUCAGAUUACUGACCUCCUACGCAAGCACAAAUUCCUCCAACCAACUCCUGGUUCCAAGAGCAAAGGAUUUCUGCAAAAAGGAUUGCCCAAGUUCAUCGUGGCUAGCGCCGAGGAUACUCGGGAGAGGAUGCAACGCGAGAUUCUGCACCCAUUUGCGAAGAUCCACCAUCAUUAUGUUUCACAAGACAUGGAUUCCCUCCCCGGCACAAAACCUAUCACCGACGAUCAGCAAUUGUCUCAAGGACCAGCAUCUUCGAUGAAUGAUGGCCGUGCGUAUGGCCAGGGACCACAAUCCUCGGACGUCGAGGGUAACAAGAACCCAGGCCACAAAACAAGACGUACACAGGUGGAGAGCCAUGGCCAAGUGGAACUUCAGGGUAUCCUUCAACCGGCUACCAGUCUAGGUAAUGGAAGCGACAAAUUCAGCAGGGGAAUGAUGACCAGUGACCGAAUUCGUUCCCAACCUCAAACACCCUCUAGUCGACACCAAUCGGAUGAGAACCCUCUGCGACGCAGUAGCCGAAAGAGGCGCAAGAUUAGCAAUUACAGCAGAUUGAUUGAUGUCGGAGUAGUUAGCGGUGGUGAUGAGAGCGAUUGAAACACACCAAAUUGGACCAUGCAUAUGAGAUUCGGAGCGUCUCCAUUUUCUAUAAAAGUCGAACACCGACAGAUAGCUAAAUAGGGACAAGCCUGCACCAAGUAUGGUAACUACCGGGUACAUGAAACAGACGAGUCAGGCGCAAAAGUUUGUACGUGAACGGAACAUACCGAAUGAAGUCUCUCCUUUCUUCACUCUCCCUUUAGGGAUGCUAUUUACGAUGUACGAUUUAUGUUUUUUAACAGGCCAACUCGGAGCUCACGCGAUGCUGUUAUGGUUGUUUGUGUUUGUUUGUUUGUGUUUGUGUUUGUAUGCAGAUUGCCGAGUACUUUUUUUCUUCUCGACAGAUGUACAAUUACCCUGU